AAUGAGCAUGAUUUUGCAUUGUUUCUGCAGGAGAUAAGGCAGGCAGCAGAAUUCCUAGACCUUCCUGAGCUCCUAGUUUUUGUGAGCAAUAUUCAGUCUCAUGAGGAGUUCCUGAACACAGAUCUCAAACAACAGUACCGCAAGGCGGUGAGGCAGCGACUCCAGGAUUUGUGCUUGGGACAGGGACUUUUCUCCGAUAUAGUGUUCCAGUUGGAUGAUGGCUCAUUUUCAGCCCAUCGGCCAAUGCUGAUGGCUCGCUGUGACAUGAUGAAGGCUAUGUUUUCUGGAGACUUCCGAGAGAGCAGUGCUAAAGUUAUCCUGUUCCCAGGUGUUCGUGAGGACACAUUCCACAAGCUGCUUGUGUACUUGUACACUGAUGAUGUUCCUGCUAUCUCUCCUGCACGUUGCCUCGACCUGCUUGAGCUGGGCAACCGCCUGUGUCUGCCCCGUCUGGUCAACCUUGUGGAGCGCCGUGUGGUAGAAGAGAUGAUGCGCCUCUGUGGUUCAGAUGGUGCUGAUGUGGUGGUGGAGCAUUGUUUGAGACUCUUGGAACCAUGCAAGUUGCACAAUGCAGAUCAGCUAGCAGAUUGGUGCAUGAGCCACCUCUGUACCAACUACAACAAACUGUGCAAGAUGUCACCAAAACUUCUCAAAAGCCUUCAUCCAGAGAAUCAGGACUACCUCUGUGAACAUCGCUGGCCUCCAGUGUGGUACUUGAAGGACUAUGAUUACUACCAGAAAUGUGUUCUGGAACGUGAACGAGAAGAAAAACCUUCACUGAAACGUGGCCGGCAAAACUCAGGGUGCCUGUGCUUUUCGGGAGGAAAGUCCCGAAAAGAAGAGCGAGGUACUCUACUUGGCAGGAGUAGUGGUAGCACCACAAUUCCGGGAAACAAUUCUGGUGCAGUUGGUGAGGGUGGUGGAGCAGCAGCUGUAUGACAACGCUGCACAGGGCAUCGCAGUGCUGGCCCACUUGCACUUGUGCUGCUGGUUGCGGUGCUCACUGGAGCUGUUGGUGCUACUGCUCUCAUGCUGCAGAUUCUAGCCGCGUGAUAGAGGGCCAUGCCCACUGCUACCUUCUCUGUCAUACUGCAAGUCUUAACUGGUAAAAGUGGUCAAAGAUGCUUCAUUUCUACAGGAGUGAUGUUGGUGAGAGCAGUUUUAUGUUGCAUAAUGUUUGCAUUUCUGUGCCAAAUGUUGGGUUAUUCUAGCAUCAUAAUGACUCUUCCAUUUAGUAGUAAUAAUACUAACUCAAAGAAAUAACAAAAUUCAUCACUCCGAAAUAGUAACAGGUAACAUGUCUGCAGCAAGUUAUGUCACAGUAUAUGCUUAUUAUCAUUUCCAAACACAUUACUUUACAUUUGUGCAAAAUGUACCAUUGUCAUUUUCUUCGUUAGAUGACUCUAAAAUAUUUCAAAAUUGUGAAAGGAUGUAAAUGAAGAGUUCAACUUCCUAUUUUCAUACUGAACCCAGAACUAUAUUAUUACUUGAAGUAAAGUUACACAGAUAAUGAGCAUGGUGAAGAAUUCCAAGGUUAAUUGCAUGAGUCAUUAUAUUUUAAGAAAAUCAGUUUCAAUUUUAAGGGAUAUUUUGCUCCCAAGUAAAGGUAGAGCUUGACAUGGAGGGUAAUGACAGUAGUGAAUUUGUAAAUGGCUUUCCUACUUUUGACUGAGAACCUUAACCUCAAGAAGACUUACAUCAAGUGUCAUAAAAGGUAAUAGUCAUUUCAUUUUUGAUCUGAACAUCAUGGGGUGAAUGGUUAAUAUUCCUGGAGGUUCUGAGAUCCAAUCUGGUCCUCAGAGAUCAGCUGUUCUAACAGGUGUCUUGUGAUUCCCUCAGUCCUUCUAAGAAAAUACUGAUAAGAAAGAAAAAUAGGUCAUAACUGCUUCCUUUCACUUUCCAAUCAUCUUUCACAUUCAUGUGUUACCAUUUGACAGUAUAUGGUUUAUGAAGUUUGAAAGGAGUCAUGUAACCCAUGAAUCAAUCAACCUUCGGUGUCAAAACAUAUUCUACCUUUUCCAGAUAUUCAUAGGUGGUAUAUGUUUUAAAAUAUAUGUACAGUUAUUUUCCUUAUGGCAUCCAGUGUCCCGUCUGUAAGAAAAAGUUUCAAUUCCAUGAACAAGGCACAGGAUAAACCUUUGUUGUUUGACUCACUGUCAUUGUUUGUCAAAGAACUCAGCCAUAUUUGUUUGAAGGAGCCCUAUCAAAUGUUUUGCUUAAUUUUCCAUCUCCAGUUGUUAGUUGCUCAGUGAAAUAUGCUUAUUGAAUGUAAUUUUAUGUGAGUCUCCAUCAUAAUCUCUACUUUGAUUGUUCAUUUCUGCAGAAUAAUAUCUAGAGGACUGUUUUUAUGUCAUUGCUCAUCCACAGAAACAGAUCCAUCCAGAAUCAUUCCGGUCUCAGCAGUAUACUUUCUGUCAAGCUUGAUCUUAGUGUCCGAACUGUUGAUCCACAGCUUCGUCCUCCAUUAGAGAAACUACAGUUAACUCUGUUUUAUCUUGUUUACUCAGAUCUGUCUUGUCAGAUUGAAGAAUUUCUGUUAUAGAACUGAUGCCUUUUUGUUCCUAGUAUGUUGAAUGUUAUUAAGUAUUCCAUAUAGAAUUUCAUUGUGUAAAUCAGUUAUAGUUACUUUCUUGUUUUAUAUAGGCACAAAAUUUCUGGAAAUUUAAAUUAUUUUAUAUACCCUCAUGCAUAAUGUUUUGUGUUAUGUUCGGUGUUGGUAUUUGUCAUGUCUUCAGUUGUAAUUCUGGGUAUAGACUUUUAAUCGUUGUUUGUAAACAAAUAUGUUACACAUGCCAGUAAUAAGUAGAUUUGUAGACUGUUAUUUGUAGUGUACAGUACAGAAUAUGUAGGGGCUGGUCUUCAGAAACCCACUGCUCUUUUGUCAAUCUAUGACUCAAAAAAUGUUGGCAGUCAUUGGUAUAGACUGAAAUCUGUUAUACGGUGGGUACUGUUCAUGGAUAAAGCUAUAGUCAUGACCUCUCUCAGGAUUUUGCCUUCUAUCAUGUGGCAAAGUUAUAACAAUGCCUAUAUUCAACUCCACAGAAUACCCAAAAUUAAUACAUUUUUCCUGAACAUUCUCAACGCUUCCAAGCAGGUAAACUUCAGGUUCUACUGAAGCAAGGAUAACAGAUUUUUUCACUGCUCGGUGUAAAGUUCCAUUAGCAAUGAAAAGUGGUGCCAGAUGUUGUUUCUCCAAGAACUGCCUUGGUAUAUUAAUGGGACAAGCUGAUGGACAUUUUUAGACAGUUAAAUUUGGCCUUUAUAUAGUUGUUUUGAGAACAACACAAACUUUAGCUUGGGAGAGGCUACUGAUUUUGUGUUUAUCUUGCAUGAAAAUAAUAUUUCUAAUACCAGUAAGCAGUAUUUAAAGUAAAAUAUAUUGUUGCAUUUUCUUGUUUUUUUUUUUUUCCCUGGAUAAUUGUGAUUUUUGGAGUUUAUGAUGGAAACACCACAACUAAAAUUAUGGAAAUCAGAUCUAAGGUCCAGAGAUAGUGACUAACUCUAUUAGUUGAGCCCAACUAAGUAGGAUCUACCUGAAGACAGAGACAGAAUUCAGUCUCCAAAACUUUAUGUUUUAAAUAAAAACAGGAAAAUGGAUAAUGCCUAGAAACACAAUAGUUGUGAAAAAUUAUGGCUUGCUGGACUAUAAAAUUAUUGAGUGGCGACAAAGUGUUUUGUACAGGCAAAAUCUCUAAUGAUAGUACCAGCUAUAAUCUGCACAUAUAGUAAUGGUUUGCUAUCUCUGUGAUCAAACAAAUACUAACUGCCCUGUGGGCAGUACGUCAAUGAUGAUAAGUCUUCUACAAUUGAUUUUAUAUUUCCAUCAUCAAAUGAUUCCACCAAGCACCUGUCCUGCAUUUUCAUUUGUAUACCUCAUUUGUUAGUAUACAUCUACCCAUAUAAAGACAAAUCACUGUAGGAUCACAGUAGAAUCAACUUCCAAUGUAUCACAUAUGAGUAUAUUAUAUAUACCAUAGACAAUGGACAAUGUCAAAUGUAAUUGUGGCCCAAUGAAUUACAUUUGUAGACAAUCAGGAGUUAGAUUUAUUGCUUUGAGUUACUAUUGAUUCCAAAUGGAGGAAUCUUAUUUUCUUAGAUGCUAAAAUGUUAAUGGCACAGCAGAGUCACUGGCAUAAGAGUGUCAUUUCUGCCACCAGAAAUAAUCCAAGUUGUUUGUGAGGCAGAGCAACAUGGCCUGGUAUUGUGAGGAAUUACCAAAGGAAGACUUAUUCAUCAUAGUUUUUGACUGGAUGGUCCCUUAUGUGCAACAUGCAGAUUAUUUUAGUUUUCCCCUCAGAGAAUAUGCAGGUCUGGUUACACCAGAAAUGACAUUAUUUACAACAGUAUUCAUUUUUCAUGAGAAUUAGAGAAGUGUUUACUCUACUUUUCUGAUUCAGAAGAAAGGAGAGGCUUAUGAAUAUCAUUUCUUAAUUUUAUCCAUUACCACAUUAGGUAGUAUGGACACACCAUGCAUACAUUGUUUCUUAACGCAUGUUUCAGCUCAUUGAGCCAUUUGAUCUUUUUACACUCAUCUCUCUUCAUCUGCUAUUGUUCCUACAUUGGCCAGUGUUUACAUAUUGGAAUAUUGGUUUUUUUAGUAGUAUGUAAUGUCAUUAUAUAUAAAGAGGUAUGUUCGCCUUCAAGGUUAAAUAUUAAUUGUUAAAUUUCAGAUCAUUAAAGUUUAACAUAUAUAAAGUUUUCUUAUAUUUUUUAUGGAUGUAAUAUUGUGUGUAUGUGUGUCUCUUCAACCUAUGUGUUUCUUUGAGGUUCUUGCUGGUCUUGUAAUGAUGUAGUAUGUGUUUUGUUGGUAUGUAGGUAUAUGAUUGUGUAAUCUCCUCCUUUGUAUUCCCUGUAUUUGGGAAAGUGUUAUGUCUUGUAUGUGGUGGUUGUGAAACUAAGAAACACUGAAUGCAUGCUGUGUCCAUACUACCUAUUGUGCUGACAGAAGAAAACAAAGAAAUUUCAUACAUGAAGUAUGACACUAAGAUGUAAUAUUUCUAAUUAUGGAUAUCAUGUCUAUAGACAUAUUUGCCCUCCUCUGUAAUUUUUAAAUAAUGUUGAUGAAACUUGGAUCAAACAUCAUGCCAUUAGGGACUGUCCAACAUUUAUAUUAUGAAUUCCCUAUCAUAUGUAGUACCAACAUAGUAGAUAAUCAGAUGGAAUUAUAAAAUUAAAGUACAAUAGUUGGACUUAAAAUUUUUAAGAAUCGUCAUAAGGGAACCAAAAUGAGAUACAGUUAGGAAGAAAGCUGUCAUGGAGGCUUCAGAAGCUUAUGCUUUAAAUAAGGUAGAAAUGAAAAGCUAACAGAGAUUUGAUGAUAUUAAAAAAGAUUAAGUGCCAUAUAUUGGAUGCCUUGGAAAGCCCUGAAAUUAAAUCUAGGAGGAAAAAUACAUGAAGAACAUGUGAGAACAAAUAUGGUUAAGUGUUUAACAAUAUUAGAAAAUCUGAAACAUAUGAUCAGAGGUAGAUGAUGAAUACAGUAUACUAUGACAGAUAUUUGGAGGCUUUUCAUCUCUGGCCCCACAUCUUGGUGGAAACAUUGUCAGAAGAGAAGAGAUAACAUUUGACAAUUGACUGUAAUCAAGAUAUUUCAUUUCAUGCUGAUCCUAAACCUGCAUGUUAGACAGCACAGAAUGUUAUCACUUGUACUGUGUAUGGGUGUUUCCCAAAUUAAUUUGGCUAUGGAAGCCUUUCACACUCAGAAACUUUUGAUGGAACAGACAGAUGCCACUGUAGUGUGGGAUGUUACAUAAUGUAACUGUGAAGAAAAUUGAAAACCAUAUGUAUGGAAUGUUAAGCAUGAAGUUUUUUCAUUGCAGUAUCAUGCAGUUCCCUCUUUCAAGUUAUUAUUGAUGUCAGAAUAUUGGCGUAAAAAUCAACAUUAUUUUCUUUGGUAAAGAAUAUAGGUGCAGGUCCAAAAUGACAGCUUUAUUCUAGUGGGAUAUGGUUCAGGGCAAAUUCAUUAUAUACAAAAUUCAUUCUGGAAAUUGACUUAAAAUGUAGGAUAGUCUGAUGAGAUGUGUGUAAUGAAUCCAGAAAGUUUGUUUCUGUAUGUAAAUUAUUUGCUAGUUUCAUGGUUUGUUGUUUCAUCAACAAAAAAUGUACAGUAAAUUGAAUUAUAUAAGAGCUGCCAAGAGACAUCCAUGCCAUAUGUCAGAAUGUGGAAAGAAUAGUUUUAUGCUGAUAAAUGAGAUGGAGUAAGAUAUGAUACAUUCUAUGAGUGAAAAAUUAUAAGAUUAGUGUACUAGCCUCUAGAAAGAUUAUGUAUGUCAGUUGAUUGAAAGUAAUUCUUGCCUGUAUUUGAAUUAUAAUGGUUAUUAUUUGGGAAGGAAAUAUUGUAUAAGUAAUUUUUGCGGAAUCUGUUUUUUGUGGAUAGUGUGAGUUCUAAAAAAGUUCAGGAUAAACAUGUCAGGUUACUUGAUUGUUCUUUUGCUUUUUAAGUAUUAAGAGUUCCACAUGGUUCUCUUUUGUCCUUUGCUGUAAAGAUCACUGCUCAUAUUUUGAGAACAUGUUGCACAUAACCACAUCAAUCUCAGCUGGGAAUUUGGUUAAGUUCCCCAAACAUAAUGUUGUUCCUUCUAGGUGAUGCUGGAAUAGUACUUUAAGUCCUUCUCUGGUCUCAGUAUGAAAUCAUAUCAUGGUCUGGGUGGCUAUUUGCUGGCCUUGUAAUUUCAUCCAAGAAUGCAGAGUUGCUUCCUGAGUGCUACUGACAAUCUUAUGACAUAUUUCAGUGAUGAUAAUUUGAAGUCGUAUGAUAGGGCUAUUCUGUAUGUAGUAAAUAUAUUUUCAUGGGGUUUAAUUAGUGUUGAUUUAAGAAUGGGUCACGUAUGCUUUCUUGAAAUGGCUUGCAGGCUGUGCCUAGAGUGCUGUGGAAAGAGUUAAAGUAAGCCAUGACUUCGUUCUCUGAUUUAUCAGUCAUAAUCAUAUUGCACUAAAUGUUCUGGUUGAGUGACUGUCACUUCUGCUUUGUAUUCAGGAUAUUCCAUGUUUGAAACUUGGUCCAGAAAUCAUCUGUCCUUCCUCAUCCUUUCAAAUUUAUCUUUUGCAGUAAUCUUCCUUUUGGCAUUGUGUAAUCUGUACAGUUAGAAAAGUGUUAUUGAUGAAUUCGCUGAAACAGUUCAUUUUGUAGUACAUGUAGUUUUACAAAGUAACACAAGCUCCAAAAUCACCUCACACUCAUAAGAAUAUUAAUGUUACUGCCUUCUUGGCUUGAAAUGUGCACCAUGUUCCCAUGGUAUGGUGGUGUGCAUAUAGUAACUGCAUGUGGUGACUGUUCAGUUUCAGAAAACCUCUGUUUUCAGGAAGUCCAAAUAAAUGCCAUUUUCAUGCAUAUGUGACCUCUUCACAGAAAUGUACAUAAAUUUAAUUGUUUUUGUAUUACUAAUAUUAGUUAUUUGAAAAAAUUAUUAAUAAAAUACUUAAUUCCCUUCAGACAUUUUGUGCAAAUCAAACAUAUACAUGCACUCAAUAAAACACAUUAAAUACACUUAUGCAUAAGAAGAGAAUAUAACUUGCUUUUGAAACUGCAGCCAUCCAUUUUCGCUCACUUUUCUUAUUAAUACUUGAGCUAUGCGAUACUUUCAAAUGGAUUAUUAAGAAAUGGAUUUUAUACAUCCUUAAGACUGUAAUAUAUUUUCCCAUAAAAAUUAUUUAAUAGAAGAAAAGGAAAACUGAGAGACUUAUAUAAUUGAAACAGCUUGAAGCUGUUGGACUGUCCAUUUUUUCUUUCUUUUAAAUUCUGUAAUACCAUUAUUCUAAUACAUUGCUUCAUUAUUAUAAAGUUGAUGUUACUUUGGGCUACUGAUUCUUUCAAAGGAUCAUCCAUUACAUAUGGUUUAAUGUAACAGUUCCAUUUCUUGCAGCAUUCAUGAUAAUUUAAAUAGGUUUUAAGUCAUUGCUGUAUUGAAUACAAUCUAUUUUCUAAUCUGAGUCUAAUGCUGCUUAGCACAAAUAAAAUGGCAAUCAUAAGGAAAGGUGAUGGUGAAUCUGGUGUAUUGUGUAAGGAUGGGAUUGUUUUCAGCUGUAAGAACAGUUUUCAAAUUUUUUGAACUACAUUUUGCUAAGAUCAAGAAAUGAUGUGGUGUGUAGUAUAAACAGUUUGCAUAGCUCUGCUUCUAAACUCUGGUACCAUAUAUUGGUGAUAUUUUACAUCUUUAUAAGAUCUUAUAUAAAAUAUUUCUAAUUCAUAAGACAGUUUCAAUUCAUGGAUGAUGUUCCAAAGCAACAAUAACUUGAGUUACUUAACAUGUGGUUUCUUGUGUUAGUAGACAUAAUGACACAGAUAGAACAGAGAUGCAGUCUGGUAUGUGUGUCAGUUUUUUGUAGCAGAAUGAUGCUGUGUGACUUUAUUAUGAGAUCAACAUUUUGAAUGUUCAGAAUUUUACUUAUUUCUUUUUUGCAAAUUAUGGUAUACUAGUGUGAAAAAUGUGGACAUUUAGAAGAAUGUUUAACAUAACAAGUUGAUGUACAGAUUAUUUUUGGAUAUUUGGACAGUAUACAACACGCGUCUCUUGUCAGUAAUGAAAGACUGUGCUUACAGUCUUAGUUGGCAAGGUGUUGUGUUUGAAUUUCAUUUAUGUCACAGGUGGUUCUUUUCCAGUUUUCAUCAUAAUUUGUCAUUGAAGUUAAUUUCACAGUCUCUAGUGUAGAGUGUAAGAUGAGAUGCACAAUAUAAAGCUGCAUCAAACUUAAUGUCAAACACCCCUUCAAUUGGUGCACCUUAUUUUCACAAACAAGACUCCUGAAAGAGAGUCAUGUCUGUAUAGGCAUUACAUUUUUAUUGUCCCCCAUAAAUCUCUCAGUUAAUGUAUGGUAUCUUAGAAAAGAAUAAGAAUUGCAGAUAAUGAGGCAGAUUCUUUGAAUCAUAGGUGUAACUGAAGUAAUCUGAACAGUCAGUGAGUUCUAGCAAGUUUACUAAAUUAGUGAUUAACACAGACUUCAAGAUCUAAACCUGAGGUUCAAGUAACCUAAAUAUGGUAGUGGAAUUCCUUCCAGUGUGAAUAUAAGCUUAAUGGUUGUACCACUGUGACCUGUCACUGGCUUCUUGUCUGUGAAAGCUGAAUGCACCACCACUUGAAAGUGAGUUUGCCUGAAAACAUUUGACACUAUAUGUUCUGUAUACUACCUUUUAUAUACCCUAUGCUCAGUUUAGUCUCAUGCAUGCAUCUGUGUAUGCUACUGACAGGAGGAGGAAUUUUGUUUGUACAUAAUCAGAAAUUUUAUACAUGUAAAUGGCCAGUCUUUAUUUACUGUAAUUGGCAAAUGAGGACUGUCUUGGUAUGAUGCUUUCUUUUUUUAUUUCAUAGUCAUGAAACAAGACCUCGAGAUAUGUAUUCUUGCCAUGUCACUUUAUUACUCUUCCAUGUAACUACAAUUCAACGUAAUUAUAACACAAAGGUUGAACAAAGAA